ACUUGGCUGUUAUUUCCCUCAGGAACCAAAUAAUGGGACUGGGCAUGACAAGGGCAACCUGAUGUUUUAGGAUUAACAGUCUAUAAAAAAAAAACAACAAAUGUCAAAAUGAAAAUAAAAACCAAAUAAAACUGAUGCCAUGUACUCACAAUGACAGAAAGACUAAACACAGUAUAGGAAGAAAGACACCAGGAAUAAUAGUGACUCCUAUGUGACUGGAUGCCAGCUAUAUAGUGUUAUUUUAAAAGUACAGCAUGAGUUGGAAUGCAGAUCAAAGCAUGCAAUUUUUUACUUAAGUUUAUUAGUAGGAACUGAGGAACAAUUCAUCAGCUUUGGUAAACACUGUUAAUAUCCUUUUUAGAGCAUUAUGUCCAGUUGGGGUUAUAUGGCUAAUAAAAAAUUAAAGAAAUAUUGAGAAAUUUUUUAAAAGCCUGGAUAUAAUUCAUCAAGACAAUAAAAGGCUGGAAAACAGGGCCUAUGAAGAAAGAUAAGUGAAAUAGGGUUUAGAAGACAAGGCUAAGGUAGACUUCUGGAUUCUGAAAGUUAGAUGUUAUUCAUCUUUCCUAUUUGGGUAGUACCAGAGGAUGGGGGAUUCAACGGGGACAGGAAGGACUUAAACCAGCCAAUCAACAAACAUUUAGUCACAAGACAGCUGGAAAAACUUUCUGUCAGUAAGAAUUGUUAAGCAGUGAAAUAGAUGAUUGAGGCAAAGGAAACAGAUGAUUGAGACAAAGUUGUGAAGACUUCUUCCUUGGAGGUCUUAAAUAAAAGGAGAGAAAUUAUAAUAAGAAUAGUUUAAAUACCUACCUUGUUAGUAAGCUCUUCGCAAAUUGAGACAGAUAAUUUUGGUUCCCUGGAUCUAUUUCCUCACAUAUAAAAUUAGGAGACUGGGAUAGAUAAUCUCCAAGGUCCUUUUAGUGAUAUUAUUCUAGGAUUGCAUGAUUCCUACAUGAUUUCUACAAUAUAGGAAGCUCUGUGUAACAAAGGUGUUUCUCUUCAGCAUCCCCUUGUGAAUCCCUUUAUGUAAAAUUGCAAGGGAGAUUAUAUGAGUAGGUAUUCAUGUCUCUACAUUUAUGAGUACGAGUUUGCUUGUGUUAAUGGAAGGGUAUAUAUACAGAGUGAAUGCUAUGCCACUUUAGCCUGGGUGUUCCUGUCUGACAAACUUAUACUCACCUUGCUCCCUUUAAAUCUCAAGACAAAACACCCUUUUCCUUUGGUUUUCACUUUCUCCUUUCUCUCUUCUUCCUCUUCCUUUCCUUUCUUGUGCUUCCAUAAAUCUAGGAAUUGACUGGGUACUUUCUUUCUGUGGACUAAGUUUCCCAUCCUGGGUCUCUUAAAGUAACAACUUUAGCUCUUUUUCUUUCUUGAUUUCCAAGCUAAGAGGUCUUUCACAUAGAGGAGUCACUAUGACUUCAUUAUAGCCAUGGAUAAUAAAGGCCAAUAAGCUUGUCCCUUCCCUUCCACCCUUCCCCCACAAAAGUACUGGAAUUUCAAACUGGUUCUCUUAGUGAAUCUUAGUGAAGGAGAAGAAUAACUCAAAAAGGAUUGGAAAUAUCAAGCGAGGAGGAGUUAGUUUGCCAUGGUUUAGGAUACUAGGAUUUAGAACAAGAAGGAAUGGUAAAGGCAAUGUAGAUCAACUUCUCCUCUUUAUAGUGAAGAACAUUCAAGGUCACACAGGAAUGUGUCCUCUUGACUUGGCUUUCUUUCUGCUUAUGGCGCUGACCAACACCUUCCCCAACAACUCUACACACUCUUAGCCUUUCAUUCCACAGAUGGAUAGAUGGAAUAUCUUCUGGAACAUGGGGAAUAGCACCACUAUUACUGAGAUCAUUCUUCAGGGACUCACAGAUGCAUGUGAAUUCCAAAUGCUGAUUUUUGUGGGACUCCUCCUGACCUACAUUAUCACACUGCUAGGGAAUUUCCUCAUCAUUGUUGUCACUCUGAUGGAUCAUCGCCUUCACACACCCAUGUACUACUUUCUCAGAAACUUUGCUGUUCUGGAGAUCUGGUUCACUUCUGUCAUCUUUCCCAAGAUGCUGAACAACAUCCUAACAGGCAAUAAGACAAUUUCUUUACUGGGAUGCUUCCUGCAGUGUUUUCUUUACUUCUUCCUAGGAACUACAGAAUUCCUCCUCCUGGCCGUGAUGUCCUUUGAUCGAUAUGUAGCAAUCUGUAAUCCUUUACGCUAUGCUACCAUCAUGAGCAAAAGGGUCUGUGUGCAGCUGGUUUUAUCCUCAUGGUUGGGAGGAUUCCUUCUCAUCAUUGUCCCAAGUUGCAUCACAUUUCAGCAGCCUUUCUGUGGCCCCAAUGUCAUCAAUCACUUUUUUUGUGACAACUUUCCAUUGCUAGAAUUAAUAUGUGCAGACACAAGCCUGGUGGAAUUAAUAGGCUUUUUGGGGGCCAAUGUCAGUCUUUUGGGCACUUUAUCUGUGACUGCUUCCUGUUAUGGUCACAUCCUCUACACAAUCCUGCGCAUCCCCUCAGCCAAGGAGAGGCAGAAAGCCUUUUCCACUUGCUCCUCCCACAUCAUUGUAGUAUCACUCUUCUAUGGAAGCUGUAUCUUUAUGUAUGUCAGGGCAGGUAAGGGUAGUGAGGGAGAGGACCUGAACAAAGUGGUGGCCAUUCUCAACACUGUGGUGACUCCAAUGCUCAACCCUUUCAUCUACACUCUGAGGAACAAACAGGUAAAACUGGUGAUUAGUGAAAAGGUGGGCAAAUGGAUCUCCCAGGUCUAAGCUAGAGGUGCAGAGCUAUGAAAGUUCUUCAUAGUAGGCAAGUGAUCUUGAAGUUCCCUGAAAAGACUAUUCUUGGGGUCUCCCCAGCCACUCAGAUUUUUCUCUUUCCUCUCCUCCCCAGAGUGAAUUACUAAAAAAGUUUCUGACUUCUGCUCAAUACUUUGCUCUCAGCUCUCCCAAUGGAACCAAAGCCAUAGUGCUGUAUUGUCCUGCUUACAUCAUGGGAACCUGGUGAAUAUCUAGUUUUUUUUUUUUUUAGUUAAGGAAGCAGAGAAUAGAGGUAGGUCAAUUCCACUUUUGUGCCAAGUCUUCCCUGGUGUCUAGUUCCUGACCUAUGCCUGCUUGCAAGUGAUAAUUUAUAUCCCUCAUAGUUUAUUAUUCAUUUAUGACAAACCCAGCUACUAUUCCUGCUGGGAUAACAUCUGCUUAAAAUGUCAUCACCCAAAGCACUUUCACUGUACCUGUCUGGAAAAUGUUAUAUAAAGCUAUUAAAAAAUAUAACACUUGCCCUAUGGGAACAUAUUAUCUAAAAUAUGUAAAAUUAAUAUAUACUAAGAUGCCAAGGACAUAGCAAAACAAACAUGUAAAUCCAGGUUAAACAGUGCAUCUGUAUGAGUUGAAGCCAAUAGGUGGGAUAUAUAAAUUCAAAUAUAAAUUUGGAAACAAGCUAGAUCACAACCUCAUUUGUACCUGGAGAAGGUCUUACUGGGAAAGGAACUUUGUCCAGAGUCAUUUCAAUAAAGAAAGGAGAGAUGGUGACCUACACAGAAAGACAAUUGUGACACCAUGUUGCUGACACAGAACACAGGGCUCAGUUAUAGGUAGCCUUCAGAUGAGAUCAACUAAAUUUCUAUUUAAGUGGUAAUCUGGUAAGAGGACCAAAACAAGGAAAGUGAGGUCAUCAGGACAUGCUUACUAAAGGCUUUUGAAACAAACCAUGAGUUUCUUAAACCUGCUCCACAGCACAAUAGGAAGAUAUCAAAUCCUAAAUGAUCAAAAUGAAGCCUAGGAAAACUUUGGUUAUGAUUUAAGAACAGAUCAUUGGUUGGAAGGGAGAUGAGACUUGCAAACAGUAAAAUAACUGUUUGAUCUGGGAGAAAGGAGCAAAUUCAGGAUAUAGGAUGUAAGAUCAAAUAAUUUUGAUUCCAACUGGUUUUCUCAAGGGAAGGGCAUUUCUAUUCAGAUGUCACUCUGUUAUCUCUAUAGAGAGAAUAACAACUUCAUUACUAACAGGAAAGUCUACCCAGCAAAAAUGAAUCUCCUACAAUUCUCAUACACCAUAUGUAUGGUUGGAAUUGAUUGGAGUCAAAAGGAAUUUUCUCCAUCUAGCUUAAAGAUUUUUUUAAUUUAAGGAGUAGAACUUUAGGCAAAUGAAAAGAAAUUGUAAAAAAAGAUAAAUUAAGAGAGUUAUUCAUGAAAAUACUAUAACAUCAUAAAUGAAAACAAAAUGUAAAUAUUUCCAUCAAUUUAAUGACCAAUUAUGACUUUGGAAACUGGUGAUGAUGCUUGUCUUUCAGUUCAGGGUCAAUUGGUGAAGGACUAUAAGUAUGGGGCAUGCAAUUUCAGAAACUAGUACAACAUAAAUUUGUUUUGCUUGACUAUAUUUGAUAUAUGAAAGAGUUUUAUAUUUGGGAGGGGAGAAGAGAAUAACAGAGAGUGCUAGUAAUACCAAAAAGAGAAAAGAAAAAUUUAAUGAAACUUAAAAAUACAAAGAAGAGAGCUGAAGGAGUUUGGAAGGUGAUGCUGACUAGCUAGGCAAUGUUGAUAUGACCAUAUUAAAUUAUAUACAUGUAUAUAUAUAAACCAUAUUAGAUUCAUAAUUUUGUAUACAAUCCUUAUUUCCUGGGCACCUUACUAUAUGGAAAUGUUCAUGUUUUGUUUGUAUUAAGUUUGUAUUAAGAAAUAAAAUUUAAAAAUAAAAUGCCUGUGACUAAUUUAGGUGGCUCUGUAGACAGAGAGCCAGGCCCACAGAUAGUAUCUUGGGUCCUAGGUUCAAAGCUAACCUUAGACUCUUCCUAGCUGUGUGACCCUGGGCAAUUCAUUUAACCCCAAUUGCCUAGCCCUUACUGCUGCCCUUCUGCCUUGGAACCAAUACACAGUAUAGAUUCUAAGACAGAAGGUAAGGGUUUUUUUUUGUUUUGUUUUGUUUUGUUUUGUUUGUUUUUUAAAGAUAAUGCCUAAAAAUUUCUCUAGCUGGCUACUAGACCAGCUGGAUAUGGGUCUAAAUCUUAAAGAGUUGAACCAGUCCUUGAGGCUUUAAACUAAAAGAGCUAAAAAUCUCGAAUCCCCCUUCUUCCCCCACUCCUUGCCCACAUUUAGUGGAGAACCAACAGAGAAUGGGUUCAGGAGAGACACAGACAAUUUGCAAUGACAAAGCAGUUCAUAGUAUAAUACCAUCACCAGAACUACUAUGUUUGUUCUGUAAAAAAUAGACUCAAAUACAGGACUACAAUCCCCACAAGCCUUUGCUCCACUUCCCCAGAAUGCCUUGUAAUCUCACCUGGGCUGAGAUCGAGAAGAUAUUUAAGCUGAUUCAAAGGCUUUUGAGCUCUCUCGCUCUUGGACUUCCGUUUUGGGGUAGGCCUGACUUUUUUCAUACUGUAGGUGAGGUUGUGUCUAGGCCACUCUAUGGCCUGGACACGUGUUUCUUAUCCUGUAUUUUCUUUAAUCCUUAAUCUUCAAUAAACCUCUAAAAAAUAUAAUACUCCUUGCAGAGAGAAACUAAUUUCUACCUGCCUCAGUCUCCCCAUAUUUCCUAAAUUUUAAUCUUUACAAUGCCAAUGCAUUCCUAUCAUUUACUUUGAAUUGGUAUGUCCUUUGGUUGGUUUGGUAGAAUAAAGAUCAAUAGAUGUUUGCCAUUUGGGCUUUUCAAUGGAUACUGAUCCGAAAGAUAUCCUAUAACCCAGAUAGCUUUCAGAAAGUCCUCACCUGAAGGGGAUCUCAUGAUACACUUCCAAUCCAACAUGUCUUGAACUACUCUACCCUCCGAAGUUUCCCCAUUUUUGUCAGAUGACAAUGCUAUUCUCCAGAUAACCCAUGCUCAAGACCUAAAGGUCAUUCUUCCACUCUUCCCUCUCCUAAGCACUCUUAAUUGUCAUCAGGUUCUCUCAGAAUCUCUCCUCACAACAGUACUGUAAAUCUUGAAAUUUCUCAGACUUGUGAAUGUUAAAAAUUUCCACAUUGAGGAAUCCUCCAUUGGAACAAAUUCCCUACUGGGAAACAUUCCCCAUUUUGAUGUGAGAACUCGCUAGGAUCAGAAAUGGGAGGACCUCUACUCCACCCGUACUUAAGACUGCUUUAGGGGAGAAAACUCCUUGCUAAACAAUGAAAGUACUUGGACCCAUGCUUAUAAUAAGGCAAGGAAUUCUUUGAGCCAUGCCUGUUUUUUAGAAUUGAUACAAUGAGAUGCUAGGUACCUAAAAGGGUCGGGCAAGUUUUCUCUUAAUGAGAUUAGUUGACUCAGCUGUGUUUUCACUGGUUCAGACUUACUGAGGAGAUUAGUCAACACAACAGCAUUUUUUCUGGUUCAGACUUACUGAGGAGAUUAGUCGACUUAGCAGGAAUUCAGAUGGGCAGUCCUUUGGAAAACGUCUACAAUGAUUGGUAGAUGUAAGGACUUAGGGGAGGUGACAUAGGAGAAAAACCCCUAUAUAAGAAAAAGCAGAAUCUCUUUAAAAAAAUCCUUUUGGAGGAUCUCUGAUGAGGAUCGCUUGGGAAGAAUCUCUUGAGAGAGGCUCUGGAGAAGGGAAGCUCUUGGAGGACAAUCUCUAAGGAGAUCUCACUGGAGCUCCUCUGAGGGGACUCUGUCCCUCUGGAGGCUCUGGAGAGAGGCACUUUGGAACAGUCUCUGGCUGGAAGGCUCUUUAAGUAGGACUCUGGCUGGAACUCUAUCUGGUGAAGUCAGCUGAGAUGGAGCUGGCCUGGUGUCACUAGAAUCCUUGCUUAGACAGACCUUGUGGUGAGUGUUAAAAGACUGACUGACUGAUCUCUCUCUCUUAAGACUCAGGUCUAGGCCAUGUUGGCUUAAGGCCCUUCAUACUUAUUUCCUUUUUCUCUCUUUCUCUCUUUUCUUUAAUUCCACAUUUGUAUUAAUUAAAAUCUCUAUAAAACCCAGUUGACUUGGGUAUUUGAAUAAUUGGGAAUAUUUCCCUGGCGACCACCUUAUAUUUGAUUUAAAACCAAGACACUGUAGUGAAACAUAUUUUCUGAGGUCAAAUUUACUCACCCUCUCUUAUAUCUAUCACAAUUUAUAUCUUCCACCAUUUUAACUCACUAUAGUUUACAACAUCAACCAUUUUAAUUAUUACAGUACUUAACUACAACCUGUUCCCUGCAUACUCAUUCUUAUAAUAAAAUCUGUUGACAUCCAGAUUACUUCCACAGUAACAUUCUUACUCCUAAUCUCCUACCUCCAAACCAGUUUGUAUAAUACUGUCAAUUUAAUAUCCCUAAAAUAUUAUUUUCUGUAGAUAAUGGUGAUGAUUUAAAAUGUACCCAUUUUCAUUUUGCAGGGUAGUUUAUGUGUGAAAGAGAUAUCAGGAAGUGAUCUUUGGUGCUUCAAGGUAAUAAGAUCACAGUGCUGGGUUUUCAAUCUCAUAUGUUAAUAUUUGGUAGUUUCAUUAGUCAUGUCUAUUGAUCAGAGUAGAAACUAGGGAAAUAUAAUCACUGUAAGAAAUGCCAAUGACAGAAAAAGUCAUUUUGCUGAAGAUAUGCUUCCCCAUUUUCUCCUUUUUUUGGUUGAAGCUUUACCAGAGAACUGACCUGUGACAUCCAUUUGUGGGAUUAAAGGAACACAAAUUGAGAUUGUUAUUGUUCAGUCAUGUCUGACACUUCGUGACUCCAUUUGGAGUUUUCUUGAGAAAGAUAAUGGAAUAGUUUGCCAUUUUGCAGAUGAGGAAACUGAGGCAAACAGGGUAAAGACACCUGCCCAGAGUCAUGCAGCUAGUAAGGGUCUGAGGCUGUAUUUGAACUCACAAAGAUGAGGCUUCCUGAUUCCAGGCCCAGCACUCUACCCACUGGCCUACUCAGUUUGAAUGACUAAUUACCAUUUUAGUAUCUUAUUUGCUUAGAGUUAGAAGAGGCCUUAGGGGUCUUCUACCCUCACAAGUGGAACCUGAAGGGCACAGUGGAUAUUGCUGGAUUUGGCCUGGAUUCAGGCCAGAAUGGCCUGAAUAUAACUUCUUCUUCAUUUACUUACUAGCUAUGUCAAUCUAGGCAAGUUACUCAACUUCUCUCAGCCUCAGUAGACUCAUCUGUAAAAUGGGAAUAAUAACACCCACCUCAUAGAGGGGUUUUAAGGAUCAAAUGAGUAAAUAUUUGUACACUUUAAAGUACUAGAUAAGUGCUAUUAUCAUCAUCAUUCACAUGAGGAAACAGGUCUAGACAGUUGAUGUAGUUUACUAAAGUGACAUAGCUAAUAAAUUGCAAAGUUGGGCUUUGAACUUAAAUUCUCUAACUCUACAUUCGGGGCACUGAUUGGUCUCUCUCCUUUGUUAGUCUUUUUGGAUCAUGAUUUGGUUGUCCAACAUGCUGACUAUCCCUCCCAAUUUUAUGUCACUUGUGCAUUUGAAAACAUAAUAUCUAUGCCUUCAUCCAGCUUUUUGACAAAAACAGUUAGAAAAGCGGUUCUCAACCUGUGGGUCGUGACCCUGGCAGGGGUCGAAUGAUCAAAACACAGGGGUCACCUAAAGCCAUCGGAAAGAUUUACCCUGUUGCCUGGAGACCGGACUCAAACAGAGACCCAGAGAGAGCACCUGGGCGUGGGCUCUGGAGGGGUUAAGAACGAGUCCUGGAGUGGAUAACUCCUGGAGCGGAUAACAGAGCCGAGUAACCCCAGCAAAGUGAAGCCUUAGCUCGAGCUGGAGGGAGACGACAGGAAGAAGAAGGCAGUGUCUGCAGACCCCCUCCCCAGGCAGGACUUACUUCCCGCCCCAGCGCUCAGGCUGCCUCCUGCUGGAUUAAUAUUUCUCAACAUAUAAUUAAAUAUUGUUUUUGUGACUAAUCACUAUCUUUAAAUUAUGUUUGAUUUGUAGCAAUGAGAAUACAUAAUGCAUAUCAGGUAUUUACAUUCCGAAUCAUAACUGUAGCAAAAUUACAGUUUUGAAGUAGCCACCAAAAUAAUUUUUUGGUUUGGGGUCACCGCAACAUGAGGAACUGUAUUGCAGGGUCACGGCAUUAGAAAGGUUGAGAACCACUGAGUUAGACAGUACAAGGUGAAGCACACUUUCAUAUGAUAUUCCACUGGAAUUCACCCUCAAAUCAACAUUAGGUGGCUCAGUAGUGUAAUAG